ACUUCAUCACUCGCCGUGGCAAGGAGGACACACAGGGUCGUACCCCGUACUACAUGCACGCUACCCUCGCCUCCUACGCCCAGGAUCUCGCCAUGCCUGCCGCUGCACUCGAGCUCCUCCCGGACAAGGCGCACCAGUCGUCCAUGGCGCCGUCGCUCCACGGCUGGGACGCCGCCAAUGGCGCACCCACCCCCAUGCCCAGGAGGCUGGAAGGGAAGGUGGCCAUUGUCACCGGCGGCGCGCGGGGGAUCGGGGAGGCGAUUGUGAGGCUGUUCGUGAAGCACGGGGCGAAGGUGGUGAUCGCGGACAUCGACGAGGCGGCCGGGGAGGCGCUGGCGGCGGCGCUGGGCCCGCACGUCGGCUUCGUGCGGUGCGACGUGUCGGUGGAGGAGGACGUGGAGCGCGCCGUCGAGCGCGCCGUGGCGCGGUACGGGCGGCUGGACGUGCUGUGCAACAACGCCGGGGUGCUGGGCCGCCAGACGCGCGCCGCCAAGAGCAUACUGUCGUUCGACGCCGGCGAGUUCGACCGCGUGCUCCGCGUCAACGCGCUGGGCGCCGCGCUCGGCAUGAAGCACGCGGCGCUCGCCAUGACCCCGCGCCGCGCCGGCAGCAUCAUCUCCGUCGCCAGCGUCGCCGGCGUGCUCGGCGGGCUCGGCCCACACGCCUACACCGCCUCCAAGCACGCCAUCGUGGGGCUCACCAAGAACGCCGCCUGCGAGCUCGGCGCCCACGGCAUCCGCGUGAACUGCAUCUCCCCCUUCGGCGUCGCCACCCCGAUGCUCAUCAACGCCUGGCGCCAGGGCCACGACGCCUCCACCGCCGAUGACGCCGACGCCGACAUCGACCUCGACAUCGCCGUCCCCAGCGACGAGGAGGUGGAGAAGAUGGAGGAGGUGGUCAGGGGCCUCGCUACGCUCAAGGGCCCGACGCUGAGACCCAGGGACAUCGCCGAGGCGGCGCUCUUCCUUGCCAGCGACGACUCCAGAUACAUUUCCGGCCACAACCUCGUCGUCGACGGCGGCGUCACCACCUCCAGAAACCUAAUUGGCCUUUGACUCUUCUCCUCCCUAGACGAACGCGAUAGUUAGAACACAGCUAAAAAGAUUUGUCAAUGUGACGCAACGCAAGUGUACUCAGCUUCAUCUCAUUUUGUUAAUCUCUUGAUUCAAUGGGUUAGUUAAUUGGACU